AUGUCUAAAUUGUAUAAAUCAAGCGAAGUAGCAACACACAACGAUAGAAAAAGUUGCUGGAUUGUUAUAAAAAACAAUGUCUACGAUGUAACUAGUUAUUUGGAAGAUCACCCCGGUGGUGAGGAACCUCUACUAGACUCGGCAGGAAUGGACGCCACCACAGCAUUUGAAGAGGUCGGACACAGCGCAUAUGCCAAAAAACAACUAAAUAAAUUUAAAAUUGGAUCAUUGGCACCAGGCGAAAAAUGCGGAAAGUUGAAGUACGCGUUGUUAGCGUUAGCUAUCGCAAUCAUCGCUGGCGUGGCGUACAAGAAAUAUGCGGCUAGCUAA